AACACACCCCAAAAUUCCUUCAUAGGACUUUUCCCCAACAUCUCCCGCGCAUUAAUUAACUACAGUACAAACCAGCAACAAUUAAUGCCCAGACAACCACCGCCGCCGCCGCAGCCGCAGCGGCGCUACCGCGGCGUCCGGCAGCGCCACUGGGGCUCUUGGGUCUCCGAGAUUCGCCACCCCUUGCUGAAGACGCGGAUAUGGCUGGGCACCUUCGAGACGGCGGAGGACGCGGCGGCGGCCUACGACGAGGCGGCGAGGAUCAUGGGCGGGCCGCGGGCUCGGGCCAGGGCCAAUUUUGAGCAGAGCGGGCCGCGGCUGCUCUCCGCCGCGCUAAUGGCCAAGUUGCACGACUGCCACGUGGCGUCCCUGAAAAUGGUCGCAAAAAAACAACUGGCGCCGGCGCCGCCGCAUCCGCCGCCGGGGAAUGCGGCGGAGGGAGGCCGUCGGGAGUUGAAAUCUGAGGAAGAUGAGGAUAUUGAGCAGAUGAUUCAGGAGCUCCUGGAUUACAGCACCCCGCCUGAGUUCUGAGGACUAUCCCAUUGUAGCACAAAUUAAGGUUGUCUUUUUGUUUUUUUUAUCCGAUUGUCUUUUGUAAUGAUAAUAAUAAUGUACUAUUUUAUUACGUUUCCCGGCGUUAAAAUGAUGUUCAUUUUAACGACGUAA